UUGUAGAUGGAGUUCCAUGCACAUUUUUGACGUCUGUGUCUGCUGUAGCUGUCCUGUCACAGCGCCUGAAAACAUGUGUGAGCUCUCGUAGCUACUGUGACUAGAGACACUGUUUAUGAAUCUUUUGAGUAGUUGAUGAGGGUGUUUUUACAGUUCUUUACAAAAAAUCAGGAAACAUUUUUGCCUUGUAACUCAAAAAGUUUGAAAGUCUUAGUUACACACAAGUGGGGGUCAAAUUUGUUGUAUCAUAUAUUAUUGGAUCAACAUUAGGACCCAUUCACAUAUUUCUAUCAUUUUUCAAUACGAGAGAAACAUGAAGAUCUGCAAGAACACAAAUAAAAGAAUAUGAAUGAUAAACUGAAACCCUCUAAGAGAGUCAUCGUGUAUGAAGAAUUUUUUGAUGACUGCAUUGACGUUUCAGAAAAUGAUAUUAAAGAAUACAGUCAACGUUUAGGAAUUGACCUUUCAGUUAAUCCGACACUAGCGACCUCGGUAAGAGAUUGGAUCCUACAACCUCUGCCCCGCUAUUGGUUUCCAUGUCUUGAUACUCAAACGGGUCACUGGUUUUAUUCAAAUACCCUGAACGGCCAAUCAACUUGGCAUCAUCCUUUGGAAGAAAUCCACCGAAAUUUGGCAAAAGAGUAUUUUUCCUAUUCAACGAUUUUAGGGGCUGAAAGGGAAAAUCCUGAAGGAGAAUCAGCGGAACAAUCCAUGGAAAGUGGCUUCAGCACAAAGGGAUUUGGGAGCCUCUCUUCUUCCAUUUCGGGAGGCAUUUCACCAGUCCGAAAUCCCCUUCCUAGAGCAUUAGCACCAUUAAAGCGAAUUCCACCAACGGCGAAUCCUUUAGGAACGCUAUCAAAUCCCCUCCCUACUUUUCGUUCGUCCAACUUGCACAAUGAACAUGUCAGAGAAGUGUCCUUUUCAACAUUCAAAUCCAGCGAUCCAAUAUCUUCGCUUUUGCCUGGUGAUAUUCUGUUUGAAAAUCGAGACCGCCCAACUACAAUUGUAGCGCCUUUCAACCAUUCCGUCAUACCACUUUCCAGUAGUGUAAUUGAUUCCAAAGAAGAUGAUAGUCACCGUCUAUCUACAUCACAAGUGAAACAACCUCCACGUUACUCUUCAGCUGGAAAGAGAGCCAUCAGUCCGUUAACGAUUGAUCAAAGUACGGGGAAAGAAGUCACUGCAAGUUCCAUCUCCAAGUCUGAACAAGAGCCUUUGGUUCAGCAAUCAAAGCCUAGAGUAAGUUUUACUGAGCGACUAGCAGCGAAAAAAGCAUCACAGAGACUCAAAAGUAAUGAGUCAUCCGAAUCCUGUCUCUCGAAUCCAAUCGAAUCAGAUCAAACCAGUGCCAUCAAUUCAGAAAAGAAACAUGUUCACUUUGAUUUAGAACCGAAUCAAUUUCGACAGUACACCCCGGAAUGUUCCGAAGAAACUAAAGGGGUCGACAAAUCAGAAUCUUCCAGUUCAGAAGAUAUUCUGGACUUGGUUGGCGAUCCCGAAUUCUUGAAACCGCUCACUGAUGUCAACUGCUAUCCCACGACGUACGAAGAAAAAAGAUGGGAAGUGUCUUUCACGUCGUUUGGACUGAAUUCUGCGAGUGGAUCGCCUGUCAAAGUUUCAACUGGGUUCGUUGAUAAUGAGGACACUAAUGAAAUGGUGACGUGUUUUAAUUCUGAAUACUGCCCAAGUCCCUUGCCUGUCUUUGAAAAGAGAGAAGACGUUGGCAUUGAAGCAAAUGAAACUGCCAUACCAAUUAAUCAUUUUCAAGACCAAGGCGAAGAUGAAGCUAAAAUGAAUUCCCCAGUAUCGGAAUCGAUUGUCGAGUCGAACGCUGUGCCUGAAGCACUGUCAGUAAUUGAAACGGAUGUGCCAACGUUUUGUGAAAAUACUUCAGUCCAAGCCUUCAUCUUGCCCAUCCAAGAUGAAAUAAAGGAAAGUGACUUGACAGUCGUUAACCCAUCUGAAUUAGAUUUGCCAGAAGUUCAAAAAUCAGUUCCUUCCACUGAAGAUAAUGCAAAAGCAGUUCAAGAAAUAAGUGUACAAUCACAAAUCAUUUCAAAGUUAACAGUUGAACCUCAAGCAGUUGAGGACGCCCCGUUUACAAAUUUGGCAACGAAAAGCCGACCUCCGAAAUUAACUCGCAGCUCGACUCGUUCCGAAUCGCUAGAAACAUUUAUUUUGCCAGAAGAAUUCAACCCAAAAACCGUCCCCAAAGUCCCAGCAUGUCUGAUUCCAUUUGAAUUCGUCACGCCCGAAUUAAAGUCGGUCGAACCGCAAAAUCAUCUCGUCCAGUCAGAUGGUGAGCUCAAUUUGAACACAACACAAGAACCUAGUCAAUUCCAUUUACUACUACCUCCAGCGCCUUUCUCCCAGUUAAGUCCCCAAACUGCCAUGUGUACUGAAGAAACCGUAACGAAUUCCAUCCAUAAAAAAGAUGAUGUAAUAUUGGAUGCGCCAAAUGCAAGCGAAAAGAAGAAUCCACCCCUAGAAGAUUGGCUAACGAUGAAGAGAGAAAUGGAAUCAGCAUUAGAAAACGAGAAGAAAAAACUAGAAAACUGGUUCAGCACUGAAAUUGCUCAAAUAAAAAAGCAAUUCGAAAACGAGUUGGCCAGUGAGCGUCAGAGAACGGAAAAUUUGAGCAGACUAGUCGAAAAUGCCAAGUCGGAGAAAGAAGAGCUGGCCAAGCGUGAAAUUGUUCGUUUAGAAGAGACUUUAUCCCACUUGGUAGAGGAGAAAACCCGCCAAGUUCAAACACGACUCAAUAGUGAGAUACUGCAGAGCAACAGUUCGUUUCUACAGCGCUUGGUCGAUCGCCAAGACGCCAAUGUGCAAACGGAAGAGCCGCCAAUUCCGGUCAAUAGCCUUCCGACGGAACCAAUGGCGCCUCUGUUAAAGUGUGGUGAAAUUGGAACUAGCGAAUCGAAUCCCUCUAAAAAUGAAACGUAUUCUCGUUGGGAAAGCCGAGACUCUCCGCCGCCUCGGCGAGACUCGCGGAUCCAAUGCCAGUGCGAUAGCCUCCAGAAGCAGGUGGCACGCGUUGAGCGGGAAAUGCAGCUGCUCAAGCAGAAGAACUUGUCGUUCCAAAAGAAUCCACCAACAAGGAAAAAGAGCACACCCGUCAAGGCUCAGCGAGAGCCUUGGUGGUUGGACACCGACGAGUCGGCGACAUCGACCACGUCUUCUGUUUCCGAUUGGCGUCACUCCAGAGGUAGAAGCCGGUCGAUGACAAACCUGCACGCAACAGGAGAUGUUUCAAGUGGGAGAAAGUCGGCACCUUUUCAACGAGCUCGCGAUUUGCUUUCGAGAAGCCAAACACCUAGGAGAGCGUGGAUGGAAGAUGUGUCGACCGACCAUUCCAUGGGUGACAUACCCACUUCAGGAAUAAGUAGUGCAAUUUCAACUGGUGAGUGGGACACGGUACUAAGUUCCAUUCAAAAAAUAAGCGGCGAUCUGCAGGAAGUGUGGUCUCAUAUUGGUCCACGUCCAAGACCGCUAUCGUACCUAUCGUACCAAAGUCCGCUGUGGAUGCCCUCCCAGUCGUCCUCCCAGUCCUUCAUCACUAAUGAUCGCGUGCCUCUGCACUGGUCCUUUAGUGGGUCGACAGCCGAGCGUACGCAAGCGCUGAAACUCUGGUUGCAACAAAACAAAACCCAGCAUUCCAAACCCCUUCUUUGACAGCCAAAAACAGUAUUAACCGUCCAAGCUUUUUUCAUUAUUAUUAUUUUUUAAAACUAUUAAUAAUGACCUUUUCGUUUGUUUUUUACCAAUCAAAGUCAAAAUGUAUAAUCAGCUUUUUAUAAUGGGAAAAAAAAUGGUCUAUUAGGGAUCUAUUAAUCAUUUUCUAAAUGAUUCCGUAAUUUGAGGUGUUAGAUCCGGCGAUCGAAUUACCAAAAAAGAAACGAGGAUAAAAGACGGUGUCUUUGUCUGGAAUUUCUGUAGAAUUUUCGAAAGGAAAGUGCAGUAAUUUAAUAAAUGGCGGAUAACAUGG